CUCACCCCUCGGGCGCGUGCCAUAUCCGGGUUGGUAGUUCCGUCAUGGCCGACGACGGGCGGCGGGUCGAGCAUUACAGCUCUGGAGACCGCUGAGAGAGAGAGAGAGAGAGAGAGAAGCGGAGGAAGGUCGAGGCGGAGGGCCCCGGUCGGGCUCGAGCAGAGGAAAAUGAGUUGGUUCAACGCAUCGCAGCUCUCGACCUUCGCCAAGCAGGCUCUGUCUCAGGCGCAGAAGUCCAUCGACCGAGUGCUGGAUAUCCAAGGCGAGGAGGAAGAGGAGGGCGAGGGGGGUCCUGCCGGAGCUGCCCCGUCCCGUGUAGGAGAGGCAGGAAAAGGUUCUCUAACAAGUGGAAGAUGGGAUACUUCUACUUGGGGGACCAAUACAAAUGUAGAAACCCAAAGUCAGCCAAUAUCAUCUCCUGCAGCCAUUACCAAACCAGUUCAGAGAACUGUGGUAGAUGAAUCAGAAUCUUUCUUUAGUGCCUUUCUCCCACCAACCGGUGUCCAGAGCAUACAGCAAAGCCCAGUGGUUUCUAAACCACCUGCCAAAUCGCAGCAUCCCAAAGAAGAAAUAAAAAGCACACUGCAGGAACCCCUGCAUAUUGACCUGCCAGAAACAGAAACAAAAGACUUUUCUGUAGAAUUGAAGAGCUUUAACGAUGAUCAGGAAAGCUUAGAGGAAACCAAUUCAGAACAAUUCAAUCUCACCAACAGCUAUGAUGGAAACAAUAGUACAAGCCCUUGUCAAGAAGCAUCUCAGAAUGUCACAGUAGCAGAAUCCACCUCUGUUGUGAAGUCAGAUUCAAGGAGUGAUAGUUCUGGGCAUGAGAAUGAUAUCUCUCCACAAGCUCUGCCAGCAGACACAAAAAAUUCAAGUUUGGACACUAAAGAGCGAAAAAGCGAAGACAGGCAAAGCAAUACCCCUUCACCUCCAAUUAGCACUUUCUCCUCAGGGACAUCUACAACUAGUGAUAUUGAAGUUUUGGACCAUGAAAGUGUUAUAAGUGAGAGCUCAGCUAGUUCAAGGCAAGAAGGAGCUGAUUCAAAAGCCAGUCUCCAUCUGAUGCAAACCUCCUUUCAGCUUCUGACGGCAUCUGCUUGUACGGAAUACAAUCGCCUAGAAGACUUUAAUAAAUUGACAGAGAGUUGCUGUUCCUCUGAUGCUUUUGAAAGAAUAGACUCCUUUAGUGUACAGUCUUUAGACAGUCGUAGCAUAAGUGAAAUAAACUCGGAUGAUGAAUUAUCAGGUCGGGGGGGUGUUUCAACUUCCAUCGCUGUCAACUCUCCAACUCCAAAGUGUGAUGAGACUGAACCUUUAAAAAGUAUGUCUGAUGAAAUCGUAACUGAAAGUCUUGUUGUUCCCAUGGAAGAAAUGGAAAUGGAAGAGAGUGGACGAAGUGCAACCCCUGUUAAUUCUGAACAGCCCGAUAUCUUGGCUAUUUCAGCGCAGACUGAUGAAGAACAAAGUCAGAAGGAAGGGAAAGUGGUACUUCAGUUCUCAAAUGAAAAAAUGUCUACUGUACAAUGUGAAAAACAAGAGCUUUGCAAGAUUAUUGAUUCACUGACAGAAAAACUAGAGGUGAGGGAAGCACGUCUACUAAGCGUUAGUAAAGAAAAGGCACACUUAGAAGAAACCUGUGAUAACCUUAAAGAUGAAAUCUUCAAAAUGAAAGAAGAGAAUAGUAGUAUUUCAUCUCUUAAGGAAGAAUUUGCUCAACGAAUAGCAGAUGCAGAAAAAAAAGUUCAGCUAGCAUGCAAAGAAAGAGAUACAGCUAAAAAGGAAAUAAAGGUUCUCAAAGAAGAUCUAGCAACUAGAUUGAACAGCAAUGAAACAGCAGAAUUACUAAAGGAGAAAGAUGAACAAAUUAAAGAAUUAUUAGAAGAAGGAGAAAAACUUUCAAAACAGCAGUUACAAAAUUCUAACAUUAUUAAGAAAUUAAGAGCCAAGGAGAAAGAAAGAGAAAAUACCAAUACAAAGCAGAAUAAGAAAAUUAAGGAAUUAGAAGAAGAGUUGCAACAUCUGAAACAGAUGCCGAAACAGAAGAAAAAGAGUAAAAUGAAGCCCAGAGCUUUAUCCUCUUCGGAUGAAGAGCAGGAGAUAGAAACACUCUCAAGAUUCCAGCCUCUUGCUACAGCCACGCAACUGGAACAAGAAGCCGUGGGAGAAGGAAUGGAGGGAGAUAAGACAGAAGCUGUUUUUGAAGAUAAUGAAUUACGACUGAGGUCAGUAACAUUUUCUUCUGAUUUUCCAAGCUCUGAAAAAGUCCUCCCAGAACCUUCUGAAUUUGUAACACUUGGUGCAAAGUUUUCACAAACUGCCGAGCAUAAUUCCUCCCACACACAGAGAGAAACAAUUUAUUAUUCUCCUCGCACUCUUGAGCUCACCCUGGAUGAGCUGGCUAUGAAAUCCUAUCGUGAGCAUGUAAAAUAUUAUGAAAAUGAACUGUCUCAGUUUAAGAGGGAUUUGUUUAUGCUUGAGCAAGAUAACACAGAGCCUCGUGACUUAAGACUCUAUAAAAGUGCCAUCUUGUCUUCUUCCUCAGAGCCAAAGACACACCCCCUGGUGGAUUCUGUGUCAGGCCAAUUAAAACAGAGAGCAGUGCACACAUCACAUGAAAGUCUCCCUGAUCAAGUUACAUGUAAACCUGCCACGCAGUCAUUUCUUGUAACUGGGCUGCCCGAAGCUAAAGGUGCAGCACCAUCUGCUGGCGAAAGUAAUUUACUACAGGAAGCUGAAAGAGAACGGAGCUUAGAUGAGCACUAUGAAUUAUUGCAGCAAAUGCUAGCAAACGUGUCCUUCGCUCGUUCAAAUGUUCAAGCUGAAAUGCCACAAGUGUCUCCACAGACCCCAUCUCCAACACUCCCUGGUGGUGCUGGUGUCUUUUUAGAUGGAACACAAUCACGCUCAAUGCAGCAAAGGCAAGCUCAAGCACAAAUGGCAGCUGGAAUACAGCACAUUCCAUAUGUGCCCCAGCCACAAAUGCCUGCAUAUGUGCCACAGCCACAAGUGCAAACAGGGCCAGCUCCUGGUCCACCUCCAAUGGCACAACCAAGACCAUUUUUAGGUCCACAACAGGCACAGCAAAUACCACAGGCAUUUCUGCCAGCACAGCCAGCAUACCAAAUGCAUGCUCUUUACCAGGCAUUUUCUGUCUCUCCACUAACUGGUGAGUCAAAACUAAAAAUGUCAGGACAUAAUUAUAAAGCCUGGGUCAGUGAGAUUACACUAUUGCUUCUUAGAGAAGGCACUCACUGCAUGAUUUUUAACCCUCCUGCUCAGCCUUGGACUUUUGCAAUAAGAGAUUUAGAGAUAAGAGCUCGCACAACAUUAUUGAUGUCCAUGGAUACUGAACUGCAGGUCACUUUUCCAUCAAAUACAACAGCCCGGCAAAUUUGGGCUGAAUUGGAAAAUUGCUACAGGCCUGUCUCAAUUGACUCUUCAUGUUUACUCAUGUCUGAACUCCACGGUUCAAGAUUGAAACCUGGUGAACAAAUUGGAGGGCAUUUGACCAAACUGAAAGGACUGAGAACAGAAUUGAGAGAAAGAGGCCAUAACAUUGAAGAUAUUCAAAUGAUCAGCAUCAUUAUUAACUCUUUGAAUUAUGAAUGGAAAGAUGCUGUUACAAAAAUUAACCAAGUCCCAAUUGCUCAACGCACAGUGGACAAUGUCUGUAGACUUUUAAUUGAAGAAGAGGCAUUCAUGUUGGCCACGCCACAUUUGAGAGGACCACCCGCAUCAAGAGCUCCAGCUAGGCGCCCCUUCCGAGGAAGGACCUACACUCCAGAGAUGCCAAGAUGCAACACCUGCAAUCAUGUGGGACAUGCCACCCGGGAUUGUCCCCAAUGAGUUCCAGCUCCCGUCACAUACCAGCCCAGAGGAACAGAUUCCAGAGGCAGAGGCAGAGGCAGAAGACAAGGUCGUCGUGGUCCCCGGCGUGAUCCACAAACUCCACUCGCCACAUUGGCUUUAACCAAUGAUCCACAACCUCAACCAGAGUACGACAGACGACUUCUGUGGACUUUGGACAGUGGUGCAGCAUUGCAUGUUACCUACAGAAAGGAACUUUUUACAGAGAUGCACGAGCCUGAACCUGAACUACGGGAACUUUAUUCUUUUUCAAAUCAUCCUUGUCAGGUCAAAGGAAAAGGUACUGUUUAUGUUGAAGAGCUCGAUGCAUUCAUUCCUGAUGUUUAUUACAUACCAACAGCAACCAGUAAUUUGCUUAGUCAGAGUCAUUUGUCUAGAAUGUUAAAAUUCCAGGUUCACCACCUUGAAAAUGCAAGUUACAUAGUUAAAGAUGGAGAUAUUGUUGCUGGAACCAUGUUAAUUGGUGAUGUUUAUUACUUAAAGCCAAAGCCUAAACCGCAAACACAGGCAAGUAUACAAACUCCAAAAAGAGAAAGCACAGGCCCAGAGAGAGAUGCUCCAGUGAGAGAUCCUGUUGCUAUUCCAAAGGUUCCUAAAGCCAACAAAAAUAGAACUGGUAAACAGGUCGCUCAGAGCAAGCCUGAGGUUCCGCAUAAAAAUGUUAAUGUUGAGAAUUCACUAACUGGUAAACCUUUGCAUUCUAGGUGUAUCCACAAAUGGCAUAGAAGAUUGGGGCAUGCCAGUUUCCGUGUUCUUAGGAAGAUGCCGGAGUUCGCAAAAGGUUUGGAUCUAAAGGGGUGUAAGGUGUUUUUGGAUUGUGCUGUCUGCAAAAAGGCCAAAUCCAAAGCAGCAGCCAUUCCCAAACACGCUACACGCCUGUCAACACGCAUUUUUGAUUUGGUUCACAUUGACAUAGUUGGUCCUUUUCCGCCAUCAUUUGGUGGUAGAAAAUAUUUUCUAACAAUUGUUGAUAAUUACUCUAGAUAUGGAUAUGUAUAUCCUAUGAAAGAAAAAUCUGAGACCUUUCAGAUCUUUAAAGACUUUGCAGCCCUUGUUUCUACCCAACACCAAGUUCGCAUCGCCAGAAUCCAGAGUGAUCAUGGUGCCGAAUUCAUGUCUCAGCGUUUCCAGGACUGGAUGCGUAAGAAUGGAAUUCUUCAUCAGACGUCGGCGCCUGGCACACCGGCUCACAACGGAGAGGUACUGCAAACCAUGAUGCGUUGUCUCCUAGAAGACGCCAACCUUGAUAUGAUAUACUGGAGUGAAGCUAUAAAAUAUGCAAAUUACAUUGUCAACCGUACUUGGAGCAGUGUAACAAAUCAGACUCCUUUCUUCAUGUUGUAUGGCUACAAGCCCGAUCUUAAAAACAUCCAUAUUUUUGGUUCAUAUGCUAUGGUGAACAUUCCCUUAGCUCAAAGAAGAAAAGUCCAGCAGCAAAGAGACUGAGAUUUAUGGGUAUUGAUGAUAACUCAAAAUGGAGCAAAUUUAUUGACUCUAAACAUGUAAUUGUGAUUUCCAAUCUGCUAAUUUUGAGGAAGAUAUUGACUGGUCCAGGAUUCAUUCCAAUGAUCCUGGAGUUUAUUUUCCUAGAGAUGAUACUGCUGAUGCCACGCAGAUUGAUGAUCAAGAUUCCACCAAUUCUUCUCAACCCGAUGUUCCGUCUUCGCAAGCUGCGGAUGCUGACGCUAGCGACGAAUGUGAGGACGAGGACGAAGCAGAAGAAGACUGGACAGUUGUUCCGAGACAUUCCAAGAGGGCCACAAAAGGAAUCCCUCCACAACGAUAUUCUUGGCAACUGACAAAAGCACCCUUGCCUUUGAUUUGCAAUGUUACACUUCCGCCUGAUAAUUUCACACAAAUCAAGCAGCUUCCUGAUUCAGAGCAAGACAAAUGG